AUGCAAUUCUUCAACGAUAUCAUGACUCGCAGCCAGCUCGCUGUCCGGUCGGUGGUCGACACGGGCGACAGCAGCUCGGACGAGUCAACCAUCACUGCCCUGAUCAUACUACUCAGCGUCGUCUUUGCCGGCCUUCUUCUGGUCUCGACCCUGGUCGUGAUCCGGAGGAUGAAGCGGCAGCAGAAGCUGCGUGAGAUGACCCUGCCGCAGUACAAUGUUGCGCCGAGCAGCAAGGCCCACGGCCUCACCAUCCAGACGACCAACGCCAACGGCCGUUCAUCUCUGCUAGUCUUCAGCAAGGACGGCCAGCCGAUGCUGGCGAACCCGCAGUCGCCCCCAUACUCUCCCGACAACGUGCCGGAGAUCCGUAUCACGUUCCCGGACGAGCAGGACGAGAUGGGCCGCAGUAAGAGCGGCCGCGUGGUUGUCGUGCGCGUUGGCGAGAGGUCGAUUGGCAUGGAGCCGGUCUCGGAGACUGAGGAGCAGUUGCCGGCAUACGAGAAGGAGGGCCAGUUCUACUCCAUCAACAUUGACAGUAUCGGCGGCCUGAAGGAGAAGGGCGACCAGUCCAGCUUCCACUAG